UCUUGUUCGUUCUGAUUUAUAUCCAAAAGAUCGGCAAAACUAUGCAUCGUGUGUCAAAAUUUCAUCACCAACAAUUUUAAAAUUAUUAAAGCGAAGUCCUGAUACUAAAUCUCUGUAUGUUUAUUUAAAAUUAUUAAAUUAUCUUAUUAUAGCAUAUGUUGAUAAAACAACAACAAUCCUUGACCGCUUAAAAUAUUCGUGGAUUUGUAUCUUCGUAUGCCGAUUAUGGUGGGCUUGGUUAACAUUGUACUGCAAUACCACUAAUAAACGAACAAUAGAAAAACACUUUAUCACCAAUGCAGCGCAAUAUUCUAUUGAGAUUAAUGGUCAUAACUUAUUAUACAUAAUUAUGUUAGUAUUAGAAAACAAAAUACCGAAAGACACAGUAAACACUAUUCAUUUAUUCAGUUCUCAGCCUUGUGAGUCCAUUUUUCGAAAUACAAGGUCAUUGAGUGGAGUAUAUUCAACAAUAGUUAAUUUUACAGUUAAGGAUUUUCUUAAGCGUGCCCAAAAGUUAUCCAUAUUAAAUAAAAUUAAAUGUUUCGAAACAGCCAACGAUAACGCAAAUCGUUUAUUAUUUCCAAUUCAUCACAAACAUUUGAAAGACAAUCGAAAUUUAAAUAAUAGCAAUCAUAAUAAUAUCGACAAUGUAACAACAGAUGAUGUAGAAAAAAUUAUUUUAAGUGCGUAUGAAACAGCAAAAGUAUUGAUUGAUAAUUUAAAAAUGUGUAAAUUAUUAAAGGAAAAUAAAAUUUAUACAUUAAAACAGUUGUCCACAUAUAUAUCGAAUAGUUUACGAUCAUCAAGCAAUGUAACUGAUAACACAAUGAUUGAUGAUGACGUUGACAAUGAAUCAGAUACAAGCAGUAGUAGUGGAAACGAAGACAAUGAUUAUUAUGGUGAGGAUGAUGAAAGUGAAAAUAUUUCUGAGGGUGAAGAUGAUGACAAAAUACCACUGGAUCAUUUUGCGCAAGUAAGAAAUACAACAUUCUCAGGUAUGAGAAUAGUCGAAUCUGUCCCACGCGGUGCCGAAAAUUCAUACUUUACUAUAAAAAUCAAUAAUGCAGAUAAAUAUAUACAUAAAACCACUGCUUGUUGGUUAUUAACACAAAAUAACAAUCGUUUACCAUCUGAUCGGUUAUCGAGAGUCAUAGCAACAAGUAGAAAAGAAUAA